AGCUGUUCUGCCAACAGGCAGCGACUCAGCCCGAGGCUCCCACACUUGGAGAAUCUCUGAGGGAAGUGAAAAAUUGGACCCUCAAAGGGCCUUCCUUGGGGAUCUCGCUCUUUCCAUCGAACACCUUCUCCUCGUUUUCCAGUGAGGCCGGGCAGAGGUGGUCCAGCAGCAGAAUGCCAAGAUGGCCGCCCCGCCCCACAUCCCUGGUCCAGACUGCCUGCGCCCGUUCACUCGCGAGUCCUUGGCAGCCAUAGAGAAACGCAUUGCCGACCAGAAGGCCAAGGACCUGAGCAAGCAACAUGAAGAGGUUCUGGACGAAGCUCAUGAGCCCAAGCCCCGCAGUGACCUGGAGCAAGGGAAAAGCCUGCCGAUGAUUUAUGGGGACCCGCCCUUAGAGUUAAUUGGGGUCCCCCUUGAAGACCUUGACCCGUUCUAUCAGAAUCAAAAGACGUACAUCAUUCUCAGCAAAGGGAAGGCCAUCUUCCGAUUCAGCGCGACCCCUGCGCUCUAUAUGUUAAGCCCGUUCAAUAUUGUCCGGAGGGGUGCAGCCAAAGUGCUGAUACAUUCAUUAUUCAGCAUGUUUAUCAUGAUAACCAUCUUGGCGAACUGCGUCUUCAUGACCUUGAGUGAUCCGCCCACGUGGGCCAAGGACGUGGAAUAUACUUUUACAGGCAUCUACACCUUUGAGUCUAUGAUCAAGAUACUUGCCCGAGGAUUCUGCAUCGACAGCUUUACAUUCCUGCGAGACCCGUGGAACUGGCUAGAUUUCAGCGUUAUUGUGAUGGCUUAUGUCACAGAGUUUGUGGAUUUGGGCAACAUCUCUGCUCUACGGACGUUCCGGGUUCUCCGGGCACUUAAAACCAUCACAGUUAUUCCAGGGCUGAAAACAAUUGUGGGUGCCUUGAUCCAGUCGGUGAAGAAGCUCGCCGAUGUCAUGAUCCUCACCGUGUUCUGCUUGGCCGUCUUUGCCCUCAUUGGCCUGCAACUCUUCAUGGGGAACCUGCGGCAGAAGUGCGUCCGGUGGCCACCCCCCAUCAACGGCACUCUCGAAGGGGAAACCUUGGGACUCGAUAGCGACCCCUUUGGCAAUGGGACCCUGGGCACGUUGGCAAAUGCAACUCUGCUUGGCAAUGGGACGGCCAACUACACUUUUGACUGGGACGAAUACAUCAACGAUGAAGGUAAUGCGGCUUGGCGCCCGGGGACAAGGGACACUGUCUUAUUUGGGAACAGUUCCAGCGCUGGGAAGUGCCCAGAAGGCUUCAAAUGCAUGAAAGCUGGUCGAAACCCAAACUACGGCUACACGAGUUACGAUACCUUCAGCUGGGCCUUCCUGGCGCUCUUCCGCCUCAUGACUCAAGACUACUGGGAGAAUCUCUUCCAACUGACUCUGCGAGCGGCUGGGAAGACAUACAUGAUUUUUUUCAUCUUGAUCAUCUUCCUGGGCUCUUUCUACCUGAUCAACUUGAUCCUGGCCGUGGUGGCCAUGGCCUACGCCGAGCAGAACGACGCGACGCAGCUGGAGGAGCAGGAGAAGGAAGCGGAGUUCCAACAGAUGAUGGAGCAGCUGAAGAAACAUCAGGAGGAGCAGCAAAGGCUGCUUCAGGAACAAGCAGCAAACAGCAGCUCCGCAGACAGUAUCGUGGUGGAGAAGAAAAAGAAGGGCAACUCGGGCCAAGAGGCCCCCAGUGACCAAGACUGCAACAAUCAGGCGGUUCCACGCUUGGUGUUGGAGCGAUCAGCCACAAUAGAUGAGUCAGAUCUGAUGGAGGAACCCGUGAAGCCUGAUCAGAACCACUUGCAAGUGGGCAACCAGGAUGGGCCAGGUUUGCAGAAACGAGCAGAAAGUGCGCUCAGCAUUGUCUCCAACACUCUGGAAGAACUGGAGGAAGCGCACCAGAAGUGUCCGCCCUGGUGGUACAAGUUUGCCAACGCCGUCUUGGUGUGGAACUGUUGCCCGCUGUGGGUAAAGAUGAAGAAGUAUAUCAAGAUCUUUGUCAUGGACCCCUUUGUGGAUCUGGGCAUCACCAUCUGCAUUGUCCUCAACACUGUCUUCAUGGCCAUGGAGCACUACCCGAUGACGGAGGAGUUCAACAACGUGCUGACCGUGGGCAACCUGGUCUUCACUGGGAUAUUCACUGCUGAGAUGGUGCUCAAACUGGUUGCUCUAGACCCCUACGAGUACUUCCAGGUUGGCUGGAAUAUUUUUGACAGCAUCAUCGUCACCCUGAGCCUGGUGGAGCUGGGCCUCGCCAACGUCCAGGGGCUGUCUGUGCUUCGUUCCUUUCGGCUGAUGAGAGUUUUCAAGCUUGCAAAAUCCUGGCCGACCCUCAACAUGCUGAUCAAAAUCAUCGGCAACUCAGUGGGCGCCCUGGGCAACCUCACGCUCGUGCUGGCUAUCAUUGUGUUCAUCUUUGCUGUGGUGGGCAUGCAGUUGUUCGGCAAGAGCUACAAGGAGUUCGUCUGCAAGAUCUCCACCGACUGUGAGCUGCCGCGCUGGCACAUGCACGACUUCUUCCACUCCUUCCUCAUCGUCUUCCGCAUCCUUUGCGGGGAGUGGAUCGAGACCAUGUGGGACUGCAUGGAGGUGGCCGGACAGGCCUUGUGCCUCACUGUCUUCAUGAUGGUCAUGGUCAUCGGGAACCUUGUGGUCCUCAACCUGUUCUUGGCCUUGCUGCUGAGCUCCUUCAGCGCCGACAGCCUGGCAGGGUCCGACGACGACGGCGAGAUGAAUAAUUUGCAGAUUGCGAUUGGCAGGAUCACGCGAGGGAUCGACUUCGUGAAGAAGAAGGCGCUGCAGCUGCUCCACCAGGAGUGGAAGGGGAAGAAGGAACCGCCGGCCAAGCCGCAGGAAGACGGCAAGAAGGAGAACUUCGUCCUCAACCACAUGGACACCGGCCAGGACUCCAAAUCGGACUACGUGGAUGGCAUCGUGAAGAAAGAGUCGGUUAUUGACGAGCUGCGUGACGUGGGCCAGGACUCCAAGUCAGAUUACAUCGACGGCAUUCCCAAAAAACAGCCGGUCCUUAACGGGGUGGACAUCAGCAAGAGCUGCAAACCGAAUUACUUGGAUAAGAUCGCCAAGAGAGCGCCAUUCAUCGAUGACUUGGAUCACAUGAACUUCAUCAACAAUCCCAGCCUGACCAUACAUGUCCCAAUAGCCUCCGAAGAGUCUGACCUGUAUGAUGAGACAGACACAGGGGAAGAGACAGCAGAAGACAUCAAGAAGCCGCUGUCGGACGGGACUGAGUCGUCUAUCUGCAGCACAGUUGACUACAAACCUCCUGACCCCGAGGAGGAAGAAGUCAUGGCUGAGGAGACGGAAGAGAACGAUGAACCAGAGGAAUGUUUUACCGAAGCCUGCGUUCGGCGGUGCCCUUGCCUCUACGUGGACGUCAAAACGGAAAAGGGGGCAAAGUGGUGGAACCUCCGGAAGGCGUGUUUCAAGAUCGUGGAGCACAAGUGGUUCGAGACCUUCAUCAUCUUCAUGAUCCUCAUGAGCAGCGGGGCCCUAGCUUUUGAAGAUAUCUACAUUGGACAGCGGCCGACAAUACGCACCAUUCUGGAGUACGCCGACAAGGUCUUCAGCUACAUCUUUGUGUUUGAGAUGCUCCUGAAAUGGGUGGCCUACGGGUUCAAGGUCUACUUCACCAAUGCCUGGUGCUGGUUAGACUUCCUCAUUGUUGAUGUAUCUCUGAUCAGCUUGACUGCCAAUUGGAUGGGCUAUUCUGAGCUGGGAGCGAUCAAAUCCCUUAGGACGCUCCGCGCACUGAGACCUCUCCGGGCCUUAUCCAGAUUUGAAGGCAUGAGGGUGGUCGUGAAUGCCCUUCUGGGGGCCAUCCCAUCUAUCAUGAACGUCCUCUUGGUCUGCUUGAUCUUCUGGCUCAUCUUCAGCAUCAUGGGGGUCAACCUCUUUGCAGGGAAGUAUUACAGAUGCAUCAAUACCACCACCGACGAGCUCUUUGACAUCAGCGUCGUGAACAACAUGAGCGACUGUUUUGCCCUCAACUACACCAAUCAGAUUCGCUGGGUCAACGUGAAAGUCAAUUUUGAUAACGUGGGCUUUGGCUACCUCUCUCUUCUGCAGGUGGCCACCUUCAAAGGCUGGAUGGACAUCAUGUAUGCUGCCGUUGACUCUCGUGAGGUGGAGGAACAGCCGCAGUAUGAAGUAAACCUCUACAUGUACAUCUAUUUUGUCAUCUUCAUCAUCUUUGGUGCAUUCUUCACCCUCAACCUGUUUAUCGGUGUCAUUAUCGACAAUUUCAACCAGCAGAAGAAAAAGUUUGGAGGAAAGGACAUCUUCAUGACAGAGGAACAAAAGAAAUACUACAAUGCCAUGAAGAAGCUGGGCUCAAAAAAGCCCGUGAAGCCCAUCCCUAGACCUGAGAACAAAUUUCAAGGGAUGAUCUUUGACUUUGUGACUCAGCAAGCCUUUGAUAUAGUCAUCAUGAUCCUCAUUUGUCUUAACAUGGUGACGAUGAUGGUGGAAACAGACGACCAGAGCCAAACCAAAAUAGAUAUCUUAUUCCAAAUCAACCUGGUCUUCAUCGUGAUCUUCACAUCUGAGUGCUUGCUCAAGAUGGUGGCCCUGAGGUACUACUUCUUCACCGUUGGCUGGAACAUCUUUGAUUUCGUCGUAGUUGUUCUCUCCAUUGCAGGACUUCUCCUCUCGGACCUCAUUGAGAAGUACUUCGUGUCCCCCACGCUCUUCAGGGUCAUUCGUUUGGCCAGAAUCGGGCGUGUCCUCCGGCUGAUCCGGGGCGCCAAGGGCAUCCGCACCCUCCUCUUCGCCUUGAUGAUGUCCCUGCCAGCCCUCUUUAACAUCGGCCUGCUUCUCUUCUUGGUCAUGUUCAUCUAUUCCAUUUUCGGCAUGUCCAAUUUUGCCUACGUGAAGAAGGAAUCCGGAGUGGACGACAUCUUCAACUUUGAGACUUUCGGCAACAGCAUCAUUUGCCUCUUCCAGAUCACCACCUCCGCUGGGUGGGACGGCUUAUUAAACCCCAUCUUGAACAGCGGCCCCCCAGACUGCGACCCUCACCUUGAAAACCCCGGCAGCGCAGUCAAGGGCGACUGUGGGAACCCUGCUAUCGGCAUUGUCUUUUUCUGCAGCUACAUCAUCAUCUCCUUCCUGAUUGUGGUCAACAUGUACAUUGCCAUCAUCCUGGAGAACUUCAACGUAGCCACGGAAGAGAGCAGCGAGCCACUGUGUGAAGACGACUUUGAGAUGUUCUAUGAAACGUGGGAGAAGUUUGAUCCCGAUGCCACGCAGUUCAUUGAGUACAGCAUCCUCUCUGAUUUUGCAGAUACCUUGCAAGACCCCCUGCGCAUCGCCAAACCCAACAAGAUCAAGUUGGUCACCUUGGACCUGCCCAUGGUUCCGGGGGAUAAGAUCCAUUGCUUGGAUAUCCUCUUUGCCCUGACCAAAGAAGUGUUGGGGGACUCUGGGGAAAUGGAUGCCUUGAAAGCAUCCAUGGAGGAGAAAUUCAUGGCCGCCAAUCCCUCCAAGGUGUCUUAUGAACCCAUCACGACCACACUGAAAAGGAAGCACGAGGAAGUGUGUGCCAUCAAAAUCCAGCGGGCAUUCCGGCGACAUCUCCUAAAGCGGUCGGUGAAGCAGGCCUCUUACGUGUAUCGGCACAGCCAGGAUGAGGCCACGCUGGCCGAAGGCGCCCCGGAGAAAGAAGGACUGGUUGCAGAUAACAUCAAUUCAAUGUACGGCCCUUCGGCAACCCGGGCAGAAACUGAAGGGUCAUCAGAACUGGCCCCACCUCUCAGCCCUGAGUUAGUUGCCGACGCAAAGACAGACCCCAGUAAAAAGGAUGACGAUCCAGGGAUAGAGAAAGCGGACGAGCCCAGCCAAGCAAAAGAGGGGGGAGAUGCGCCCAGAGAAACGAAAGAGGGGGAGGCCACCAAACGCGGCUUCCAAGAGUCGUUCGUAUAAUGCAGAGUGUUCUUGGCCCUGCCUGGCCCUGAAAGACUUCGGUUGCGUCUCUGCCAAUCACGCAAGGUCCCUUCCAUACCUUGUGUCUGAGUGAGCUAAACACCUGCUCUUGCCAGACUUCAGGUACUCGGUAUCUCAACUUUGAAAGGAGAGCCACAGGUGGAUUCUAAUUUCUUCAAAGUGUGCCAGGAGGAAAAAAAGAAAUUUUCCUUAGGAGGCAAAUGUGAAUUAUCUCUAUUGCUGUGACAUCUAAUGUAGUAUGUUCCAGGGCUGGAUCAAAUGCUAGUUUUCCCUACAGGAGUUUUUAAGAAAUGUUGGCAAUGGGACGGUGGUGGGGAGAGAGAAGAAGGAGAAGAAGAGUUUGGAUUUAUAUCCUCCCUUUCUCUCCUGCAGGAGACUCA